AUGAAGAUUUCUGCGAAGCACGAGGGCCAAGCAGUCGAAGAGAAGCUGAAUGGCAUGGCUGAGGUCAGUCGCGUCCUAGGGGCCGUCAGAGCGCUCAUCGACAGCCAUCUUAUCCGGAAUAGGCGCGAGGUCGCCAUCCAGCGCUGCGUCACUGGGCACCUUACUCUCUGGCUCAGCAUGGUUGACGCGUGGCUGUCGUGCUGUGAACAGUUUGCCCGGAAGAACAAGAGGCAUUUCUCGGCCGAGGUUGCGGUGUUUGAGGAUCCUCAGAGGGAGCUCACUGCCAUUGCUCGGGAGCAUGGACCGGACAAGUCGUACGGUUUUGACAGUUUUGUACAGCUAUUUGACUACUUGGGAUUGAUUAAUGCACGCUUGGAAGAGAUGAAAGCCUCCGUGGAAAACAUACAAGAAGUGUCGUUUUUCGAAUACGUCUUGGAAAAGUUUCUCGUUCUCAAAUACCUACGAUGGCCGUGGAGGUGA